ACUAGUUUACAUAAACUGUUUAAAUAUUGAUAUAUUUUAAAAUCUGUAUUCAAUUACAGUUUGCUUACAAUGAACAGUAUGACUAGUUUCUUUCUCGGAUUUUCUUUAACCAUUUUAGUAAUACGUGCCGUCACGGGAACUGGUGUGGUGAUUGACUGCUAUAGGACAACGGUAGCUAACUACGACGGCCAUCAGCAGACGACAGAGACCGGGACACCGUGCAUAAGAUGGGAUUCUAAAGAUAAUGAGGAUUACAAAAAUAAACAAUUUCGUGACGCUACAGUUUCAGAUGCAGCAAACUUUUGUCGUGCUGUUGGAGAGAAUGAUCUCUGGUGUUGGACAGACAGUGGCGAUCGUGGCAGUUGUGGAAUUGAAAAAUGUGAUAAUAACGGUAUAAGCAAAUGUGGAAAUCUAAAAAUUGAGCAACCAGCUUUACUAGGAAGGAACGUAACGUUUACUUUUACCCCGGACUCACAUGAUCCAAAUGCAAUUCUGGAUUGGCAACGUGCAGAUAUAACCAAUGGAAACCCAUGGUAUACUCGUCCUUUGACAUACAAGUUCACACAGUAUAAUGCAAACGGAACAUACUACAUGGUCUUAACAGACAGUUUACUUAAAGAUGACGUAAAUUACCGGAUUCAUUAUUACAACGAAAGCGCGCACUGUUGGAUGGAAGCAGGGAAACUUGGACUUGAUGAUAGCCCAAAUAAUUCAUGUGGAUUUGUUUAUCUUAGAAAUGAACGUGUAUUGGAGGACGAGAAUGUAUAUUUAGAAUAUUAUCCGUCUAAAGAUGUAAUGGAACGCCCUGAUAAUUUUAUGCGCCAGUGGGUUCGAUUUAAAGAUGGAAUUAAGUCUGGUAUUAAGGUUGGACCUGAUGAUAUUUACAUUGAAAAUAAUGAUGAAAAUAGGAUAUAUACAUUGACUUUUUCUAUGGCUAACAGUCGCAUGAACGGACAUUACGGAGUGGAAUGUCGUAGAGAAACGGGAUUAACAAAUACUAUUUCAGUGGUUGUACAAUUGCCACCAAGCAACCCGGAAUUUGUAGGUUUGCAGGACAUUGAUAAAUGUAAGAAAUGCAUUGUUGGUUCUGAUAAAGAGAAUAUUCAAGUCCAUUGCAAGACAAGUGGCGGAACACCACCCGUUGCUGCAACUGUAACAGUAGGAGACAAGUCAUUCAAAGCAUUGCAUUAUGAUGUUGAUAGAUCGGUUUAUAUAGCAUUUAUCACACUUGCUGACAGUUACCACAAUACAACAAUCACGUGUUCAGUAGUAUAUAAUGCGUUAACAUCACCACUUAUCACUACUGCAAAAGUGUAUGUUAUAAAGCCUCCUGCUAUUGUUAAACUAUCAGCACCAAAGAAUCUUAAAGAAGGCAGUCCUGUUCACAUCACUUGCCUGAGUCAAAGCUCAAGACCUUCUCCGGAGGUUUACUUAAACAUUUCCGGUAUUAAAGUGUCGUCUGCUGACGUAGAUACGAGGACUACAUUCCAAAAUGUCACUUGGUUAUACAACAACACUAUUACCUUGACAACAUUUAAACGGGAAUGGAACGGAAAGAACAUCGUCUGCUGUAGUUAUAAUAAAUGGUACAAUACACCUAGAUACUGUUCCGAAGCGAAACAAGUUAACUUUACGUGGAACCAAAGACAAAUGUCCGAAAUGUCCAACAACGGAAAUGGAACACUUAUUGGAGUCAUUGUCGGAAUAUGUUCAGCGUUGGUUGUAAUAAUUCUUGUCAUGGUAAUUGCCAUCAGGAAAAAAAGAAACAACGAUCAAGCACAGCAUAAAAAAGAUCAGCCAAGUCGAGAAAGAAACAGUCUUCCUCCGCGAGAAAAUGAACAUGUUGCACCAGGAAAGGAUGUCGCCCUUGCAGACAAUCAGUGCGACGUUACAUAUUCUCAUCCAGUCAAGAAGAAUAAGGUGGCCACAGUGUGUGACGAAACAUAUGCUGAAGUAGAUAAAACAAGAGAUAGAGACCAACAAGCUAAAUGUUCAGUUGCUGAGGGACAUCGCUCCGAAGAUGGACAGCUUAUGUAUGUUGAUCUCGAGUUCAAUGCAGAUGGAAAGAUGCAGAAUGAAGCUAUUGUCAAACGGCGUGAUUCCCCAACUGAAUACGUUGGUAUAGAUUUCGCCAAGACUGCAGCUGAUGUUGCCGAAGAAAAUGACACGACAGAAAUGGACAUUAUCUAUAUUAAUCAGUAAAAUAAAACAACAAUAAGUACAUCGUACCGUUUCAUUUGAUCGUAGCGUCAUGUGCAAUCACAGACACGUAUGCUUAUCCGCCCUUUAAUAUAAAAACAUCUUAAGUAAAUACUAUUCUAACAUAAUUCAUAAUAAAAGGAAGUGUGAAAAAUGAAUUUGGCCAUGAAGUAAACUGUUAACAAAAGAGAAUUAGGAAGAGUGCUCACAUUAUUCUAAUAUUAAUUGAAGUGUCUGUGCCUGUAAUAUCUUUUAAAAGAAAAUUGUACAUCUUUUUUUUGUUUGUUUUUUUGUUUCUCCAUGUUACGUACGUUAAAUGUAAAUUUGGAUGAAUUUCAAACAAGACUAAAGAUAACUUGAAGUCCUCAUAAUCAUGUUUAUAUCGUUAUUCUUCUAGUUUGAGUUAAACAGCUAAACCGGAACGUUCUAUUUAUAAUCCUACAAUGUUAGGACAGUUUAUUUGUCGUGUAUUUGUAACAAUUAAAUGAGACCUGUUAUAAACACAAUAUAAUUAUAAAUGAUAAGUAUAUUUACAUUUGUGCGUUUGAUUCUAUGAUUGAAUUUUUUCGUUAAUAGUUGUUUGUUUUGUGUUGAUAAAAUUGCAAUGGUACAUUAUUUACAAUUCUCAUUUUUUAUAUUUAUCAACUUUCAUACUGUUAAAGAGAAGAAAGUGAUAUCAUUUUAUAUAUCUAUUAUACAUAAUAUAUUAUAAAUUUUCGUAUUCAUUUUUUUCAUUCUGUUUGUCAUUUAAGAGUAACAUCAGUUUUAACCAAUCUCCCCAUUAAUGAAAAAGCGAUACAUUCAAAUGUGAAAAUGUGUAUUUGUUAUAACUGUAAUCAUAGACACUUGGAUAGUGGACCCGAACCUUAGACGCCCCUGAAAAUUAAAAAAACUAAAGGGGUUUUUUUUAUUUAUUUUACUGUUUUGCAAAUACCGGAGAUUAAUGUUAAUGUACAUAUAAGUGAGUAUGACAUGGUUUAUUAAAUUGCACGCAUACAAAUUUUUAACAGAAUGUCAGGUAAAUAGGCAAACAAUAUCUAUAAUGUAGGGUUUGGAAGUUAAGGCCCAUAAUGCCACAGAAAUGAUUUCAUUUUAAUUUCUAAAAAGUUUUGAUUUUGGAAUACAUUUAAGAGUUUCCUAAAAGUUACUCAUUUGCCAAUAACCUGAUCCGUCGUUCUCUUCUGUUAACUUUGUAACAUUUUAUUUCAUAGUAAGUAGAGUAAUAGUGAUUAAGUAUUUUGUAUUGUAGUCAAAAUACGACGCUCUGAAACCCUUUUUUAAACGUUAUAAAGUUUUAAGUCAUAAAGUGCUUUCUAAAAAAGGUUAUAUUCAUUAUCUUCUGAUGCAUUGUGUGCUUUUUAUGUAGCCAUGAAGUUAACAAUGGCCAGAACAGGAUACGACAGUCGCAUUACCUCUUGAAACUCCAAGUGUCAGUGACUAUCUUAUCUUAUUAAUGAAAAUUUUGUAAUAUGUUUAUUAAAUUUUGUUUUCACGUCCUUUUUUGUAACUUUUAUCGGACUGAUUUCAAGCUAGAAUAAAGAUACGUUUCAGUCAAUCAUAUUAAUAUCUUUAUUUACUUUUAAAAAAUAAAAACCUAAAUUCGUCACUUCUACAACAGAAUUAAUGGGUGCCGCAUGGUUUAUUACAGUGUUUUAUCGUGCUUUAAGCAUGUACUGGCAACAAUAAAAUUUAUUUUGUUUUAAAAUCAAAACAUUUAUUUACUAAAAGGUUUUUUUAUAUUAACAUAUUGUAUGUUUAUUUUUUUCUUUUGAUUGUUGUUUGUUUCGUUAUGAUAUUAUUGUAAUUGUACAUUGUUUACUAGACUAUUCUCAUUUUUUUUGUACUUCAAGUUUCAUAUCUUACCUGAAAUAUAAAUGUUAUAACAUAU